GAGGGUUCCCUGUUCCACUCCAGCCCCACUCGGCCCCCAGCCUCGCCUGCCAUGGCUCCACUGUGGCGUGGUGCUGUGGCAUCUCUACCGCUCGCGCUGGUGGCGGAGGUGCCAGAUGAAGGGGCCAUGAAGAUCCGGGAGGGUCUAGCUGCUGUGGAGUGGUGCGCCAUGAUGAUGAACUUCCAGCCGCAAGAGCUGCUUGAGCAGUGUUGCUACCAAGUGUCCUCGAGCAGCGCCUGCGCCAUGGAGCUGGCGGAUUCCGUGGGCGCCAAGUGUUGCCGCAGCGACACGGAGAUGAGUGGCUUCUAUGGCUUCUUGCUGCCUCCAAGGCCCUUCUCCUUGAACGGUCGUCCCAAUGACAUGGACCCCUGUAGCACUCGGGCGCCCGACGUGCAGUGCCUCUUCAGUUGGAACAACUUCCAUAUUCUGGGUCCGCAACCCCUCGAGGAGUUGCGGGCCUUAGGCUUGCUGGGCACUGAGGAGGGUCACAUGGUCUCCUUGCAUGCGACGACCAGCCCGCCUCUGAUGGACGUCGUGCAAGUCAACAGUCUGGCUGAGGAGGUGCCGAUCUUCUACCAUCGGCUUUUCCACGAGUAUGCAGAGGUCGCGCCGCAAGCGCUCUGGGAGUACACCCACUAUGUGCAACACAGGCAGUCCUUCCGGCCUCUGGCCCGCCGGGGUCGUGGCUGCGAGCAGCCGGAGGCUGCUGAGGCCAAGGCCAUGGCGGACACCACGGCGCUGCCGUGGCUGGCGUUGAGGUGGUUGGAACGGGGCAACCCCCCUUUCAACAGCUUCGUGAACUUGGGCGCACGGGAUGGCGUCGGGGACGACCCCUUGCAGUUCCUGCUGCAGGACCCCCGGCAUGUGGACUUUGCGCUGGCCGUCGAGAUGGACCCUGAGUACUGCCAGCGCCAUCGCCAGCACCUCCCUCAUGUGCAGGUUCUGUGUCUCCAGGUGUCGGAGGCCACGAUGCCGGAGAUCCUUCAGAAGGUGCCCCGUGCCGCGAGGUCCACCACGCCGCGGCUGGAUGUGCUGAAGGUGGACCUUGAUGGUGCUGACUGUGACGCUGCCUUGGGGUUCCUCUCUUCCGUGCGCGCGAAGCUGGUGGUUUUGGAGGUCUUCGAUGGCUUGCCGCCCCCGUUGCGCUUCUCGCUGCACGAGCACCCGCAGUUAGCGUCCUGGGGCGGCCUCACGGUCUGGGGAUGCUCCUUGAGCUACCAGGUGCGCAUGCUCAAGCCAUUGGGCUAUCACUUGGUUUGGUACGGCGCAGGGAAUGCCAUCUACGUGCACCGCUCCGUGUCCACACGGCUAGGCCUGCCACGCUUGGACGAGGUCGACUGCUAUGUGACCUCCGUGGUCAUGGCCAUGUGGCCCAGCGGCCGGCGCAUGCGCCGGUGGUUCUACGAGGUGCGAUCGUGCGAUCGCUGGUGGAGGCAUAUCGGGGUCACACAUGUCAAAAGACCAGGAAUCAUUUGAUCAUCGUUCUGACUAUUGCAUUUCAAGAUAUUUCAAGGGUUUUGAAUGGAGCGCGCCAUGCCUGGCGUGUAGACCGGAUGCCUGAGCCUGGCCAGUUGCAGCAGUUGCAACUUUGGCAACCAGCGCCCACAUGGUUUCGGGUCUUCCUUGCCGGCUCACGUCCGGGAGUGGUCGAGGGAGUGGGUCGAGGGAGGUGUGCCUGGUAUUGCCUCCGUAGGGGCCACAUUCAAUACCCCGCCGGCGUUUUCUGAGAGGUCUCCAAUGGAAUACCCUACGCUACUGUGGAUCUCCAUUGGGCACCCUUGUGGUCCAGGUAAGUGUUUGAGGGUCUGAUAGGGCCUGGACCCUUCGGAUAGAAACCCUAUCCAAAGGAACUCCAGAACGAGCGGUAGACGUAACGGUCCAUAUGAUUUGUAACCGUCGGUAGAUCAGUAGGC